UUCAGAUCCAUGACGUAACAAGAAAUUACCGAGCAUCAAAAGCAGAACAAUUUUAUAACCGUAGCCAUUUUGUUUCUCUUAAAGUUUAUCGAUUUCUAUCCUUGUAGGUAACCUGUCACCAGUUGCGCUGGAGAGCAACAACGACGACGUCAGUCAAUCAUCGGGUGAGAGAAAUCUUAAGAUUUAAGUAAAGAGGUGGCGUGUCAGUACUAAUGGAGUCAAGACGGUAUGACCGGGGCAGGAUCUGUGACUCGCCUCCCGAGCCACCCUCGCCUCCGAGCUAUUCCACCCAGUCCAGGAUAAGCUGUGAGUUAUCAACACAGAGAAGUUAUAAAGCUAAUUCACGACAAUCACCUUCUUACACUGAGUACAGUAAUAAGCAUAAUACAGUGAGAUCAGCCCAGGAAGUUGGCACGACGACCUCCUCGUCGUCGUCAUCUUCACACGAUAAACGACGCAAGAGACAUAAGCGGUCACGUGAAGGUUCUAGUGAUGGCUCACGUAAAUACUCAAGGCGGCGUAGGUCCAAGUCAAGAUCUAGGUCACGGGGAGUCAGAUCUAAAUCCCGGGGAGCCAGAUCGAGAUCUCGGGGCAAUAGGUCGAGAUCACCAGCUGUCAGAUCGAGAUCACGGGGAGUAAGAUCAAGAUCUCGGGGAGGUAGAUCUAAAUCACGGGAACGUUAUCGCAAUAAUAGUUACAGUCGCAGUUACAGUCGUAGUCCAAGUCAGCAUAGUCGUGGUUACAGUCGUAGUCAUAGUCGCAGUCGUAGUAGGAGUAGAAGCAACGGACACACCAGCAGACCUCGUGAUUCUGGACGUGAUUCAAAAUACCGUGACAGUCGUAGCCGUCAUUAUCGCACUUCCUCGCAUGAGUCGGAUUAUAUUCCUGAUAUUAUUGAUCAGCAACUGGGAAUGCCACCCACUCAGAUCACCCAGCCGGUGAUUCCCAUCCAGUCCAACGCGUUCAAAAACGACGGAAGCUUCAUGGAGAUGUUCAAGAAAAUGCAAGAGAAAAUGCAGCCCAGUGCUGAACAAUCGGCGACUUCGGUACUCGAAGACAAACCCGUCGUUCCGCCCCCGCUGAUGGUCGGAAAGCGACGAGGAGGAAGAAUCCUCAAGACUGGAAUGGUCGCGAAAGCUAAAACUGAACAGGUCGUUGAGCAGCCGAAAGACGCAUGGUCACUUUACAUGGCCGAGGUCAAAAAAUAUCGCGAAGUCUGCUGCCAAGAAGAAGAUAAUACAAGACCUCUUGUAAAAUAAUUUUUUUCGGUUUAUUUAUUUAACAUUUUAUAUUUGUGUAGUUUUAGUAUAUACUAUUUAAUUUUAUUUUUGUUUAUUAUUAUUUUCUACCACUCAAAGUGCGUUUAAUUACUUUUAUUUUCGGUUACUAUGAGUCAAGUGUAAAGUGAAUACAUAAAAUUAAUCUUAUUAUUACUUUACUAAUUUUACGAUUAAUUAGCUGGUAAAUAAACAAUAAGAGAUCAUUAUUUUGAUUGAGCGAAAGGUUGAACCUUUGGAUUAAGUUUAAGAAAAAUAAUAAUAAAUAUAUAAAUGUACUAAAACAAUUUAUUAUUUGUCAAGUAGAAUUUUAGUUUUGUUAGUUUUUUUUUUUACUAUUAUUAUUAGUAUUAAUAAAUUUAAUUUGUAUGGGUAAU